CGCUAUGAUGAAUCCACCAAUAGUUAUUGAAGCCGAUAGAUCUAUUAGCGAGCCCAAUGCACAGCAGCACGAUCAAGAUACAGUUGAAACUCAAUCGUCCAUCGCUGGAGCUCCAGAAUUGCAGAUACAAUCUUCUCCAAUUUCGUUGUAUCCUUCUUGGUGUGAAGAGAAUGGAUCAAAGUAUACAGAAGAUGAGAUUUUGAAAAUAUUUGAUGAACUAGGCGACAUUUUUGGGUUUCAAAAAGAUAACGUUCUAAACAUGUUUGAUCACUUGAUGGUACAGUUAGACUCCAGGUCUAGUAGAAUGAGCUGCGGCAUGGCUCUCUUAUCGCUUCAUGUGCACUACAUCGGAGGAGACCAAGCCAAUUACAAAAAGUGGUUCUUUGCAGCACCCAUAGACGAAGAUAUCGGAACUGCAACUGGUCUUCAUGAAUUGGAGGAUGAAAACUCAUAUCUUGGCCUCGAGUUCAAGUGGAAGACCAGAAUGAAUAACUACACUGAGAAGGAUUACAUCUACCAACUAUCAUUAUGGUUGCUAAUAUGGGGGGAAAGUAACAAUGUGCGUUACAUGCCUGAGUGUCUCUGCUUUAUUUUCAAUUGCGCCUUAGAGUACUUCUACGAAAUCAAAAAAGGGGACUUAUCUACUACCAGAAAGUUUGAGUUCUUGGAAGGAGUAAUCACUCCUCUUUACUGUUUCAUCAGAGAUCAGCAAUAUGAGCUGGUAGACGGGAAAUGGUUAAGGAACGAAAAGGAUCACUCACAAGUGAUUGGCUAUGACGAUAUGAACCAGUGCUUUUGGUAUUAUGAUAGCUUGAAAAGGCUUACACUACAUGAUGGUAGCAUACUAUUCGAUUAUGAGAAAUCAGUAAGAUUCAGCAAAUUAGAUCAGAUCAACUGGAACAAAUUUUUUCGUAAAACUUAUUGGGAACACCGAACUUGGAUACAUGCCUUGACGAAUUUUAGUAGAGUGUGGGUUAUUCAUGUAAGUAUGUUUUGGUACUUCACUGCUUUCAACUCAUCUGUCAUCUACACACCAAAUUAUGACAUAACAAAAGAUAACAUGCCUCCUGUCCAAGUCCGCUUAUCAGUAGUAUCAUUGGGGGGGACUAUUGCAUCUUUGCUUACGAUGGCAAGUAUGAUAUUUGAGAUGGUUUACGUCUCCAGGAAGUGGCUAGGAUCAAGGCCAGUGUUUCGAAGAUUAUUUUUAGUAUUCAUUAUUUUGAUGUUGAACUUGUCUCCCUCAGUGUAUAUCCUUUGGUUCUUGCCAUUGGAUGCUGAAUCAAGAACAGGGCUCAUUAUUUCUAUCUUACAAUUUGUGGUAUCAAUUAUUUCAUUCAUUUAUUUUGCUAUACAGAGCCCAGACAAGCUCUUCAGAUGCUUAAUAGGGGAGGGGGUGAAACAUAGAAUCUCAAGAGAAUUCAAUGCCUCAUUUCACGUUCUCAAUUCAAAAAGUCAGCGUUAUUCUUACGCAUUGUGGAUUAGCGUUUUUGCAGCCAAAUUCUUGGAAUCAUACUUCUUUUUAACUUUAUCAUUGAAAGAUCCUAUAAAGGUAUUAUUUACUAUGGAAAUAACUAAGUGCCAUGGUGAUAUCUAUCUAAAAGCUUUACUUUGCAGGAAUCAUGCAAGAAUCAUUUUGAUUUUACUACUCCUUACCGACUUGGUGCUAUUUUUCUUAGAUACGUAUCUAUGGUACAUUAUUUGCAACUGCAUUUUUUCAAUUGGACUUUCCUUUUCUUCAGGGAUCUCGAUUUUUACUCCAUGGAAGAACAUAUUCUCGAGGUUACCGGAGAGAAUUGCUUCCAAAUUAAUAUUCACACUGGGGGAAAGUGAGGUUAGCACGACGUUAAUGGUAUCUCGAAUAUGGAAUUGCAUUGUCUUGUCGAUGUACAGGGAGCACUUACUUUCAACGGAACAAGUCAGCAAAUUAGUUUAUCAACAAAUAGAUCUCAGGGAAUUGAAGAAUUUCGAAAGACUGAGUGUGAGACCUCCGUUGUUCUUUUUACUCCAGGGUGACACCGCCAUUAGACUAAGAGACUUCUUUACUCCAAAUAAGGAAGGCGAAAGGAGGAUUUCUUUCUUCGCUCAGUCACUUUCGAUACAAUUACCAGAGACUACUGCAAUAACCGCAAUGCCUACAUUUACAGUUCUUGUACCCCAUUAUUCAGAAAGGAUUAUUCUUGGAUUAAAGGAAACAAUCAAGGAGAAUAAAAACGCAAAGGUUUCACUUCUAGACUACUUGAAGGAAUUGAAUCAUAACGAUUGGGAAUCGUUUGUAAGAGAUGCAAAAACAUUACUGCUGAUAAACAAUAACCCCGAUAAAAGUAACGAAAUUGAUGAUAUUGCGGAUAUAAUUGAAGCCAGAACAACAGCCAAUGUAAAACAAGACCCAAGUAACUUAAUAAAAAACCAGAUUAAUGAUUUGCCAUUCUACAGUAUUGGUUUUAAGGAAUCAAAUCCUGACUUCACAUUGAGAACUAGACUAUGGGCUUCUCUUAGAUAUCAAACAUUGUAUAGGACAAUUUCGGGAUUCAUGAACUAUGAAACUGCAAUUGAAACAUUAGGAAAGGUUGAAAACUAUAGUCUGACUUUAACAUCCCAAGGUCUGGAAGAGAUAGAUAGAGAAGUUGAACUGUUAUCGAGAAGGAAAUUCCAUCUAUUGGUGUCAAUGCAAAGAUAUCAACAAUUCUCAAAAGAAGAAAAAGAAGAUGCCUACAUUUUAUUCAAAGCUUUUCCAAAAAUUAAAGUGGCAUACUUGGAACUGGUGAUAGGGACUGACGGGAAGGCAAAUUUUUAUUCAGUUAUGUUAGAUUUGGAAAAAGGUGCGAUUCAAGGUGAGUACUCAAAGAAAUAUCGUAUAAAGCUUUCUGGAAAUCCGAUAUUCGGGGAUGGAAAAUCCGACAAUCAAAAUCAUUGCUUGAUCUUCCAUCGAGGAGAAUAUUUACAGGUGAUUGAUGCAAAUCAAGAUAAUUACAUCGAGGAAUGUUUGAAAAUAAAAACAGUAUUGGCAGAGUUUGAGGAGAUGGAGCUUGACGUCUCAUCUGAGUAUGCGCCUGGUGUAUUAACCAUGCAAAAACCACCUGUGGCAAUAUUAGGGGCUAGGGAGUAUAUCUUUUCAGAAUCAAUAGGUGUUUUGGGGGAUAUUGCAGCGGGUAAGGAACAAACAUUUGGGACCUUAUUUUCAAGAACCAUGGCAGAGCUAGGCGGAAAAUUGCACUAUGGACAUCCUGAUUUUUUGAAUUCGAUUUUCAUGACUACUAGAGGAGGUAUUUCCAAAGCCCAGAAGGGACUUCAUUUGAAUGAGGACAUUUAUGCUGGUAUGACUGUCAUUUGUCGAGGUGGAAGAAUUAAGCAUUGUGAUUACUACCAAUGUGGUAAAGGUCGUGACCUAGGUUUUGGGACAAUCUUAAACUUUACUGCAAAAAUAGGGGCAGGAAUGGGAGAGCAAAUCUUGUCAAGAGAGCAUUAUUACUUAGGAACAUCUUUACCCAUUGAUAGGUUUCUAACAUUUUAUUAUGCUCAUCCAGGAUUCCAUAUCAAUAAUGUUUUUAUAAUGUUAUCCAUUCAGUUGUUCAUGAUAGUAUUGGUUAACUUGGGUGCAUUGACACACGAAUCCAUUUUAUGUGAUAUAACCACAAGUACACAAUUAAAAGAAAUACAACUACCAUUGGGCUGCUAUAAUCUAAUCCCAGUCCUACAUUGGGUGGGAAGGUUUGUGUUGUCCAUAUUUAUUUGCUUUUUCAUCUCAUUUAUGCCUUUAAUAAUUCAGGAAUUGGUAGAAAAGGGACCUUUUAGCUCAUUUCGUCGAAUGUUUUAUCAUUUCCUUUCCUUGGCACCAUUAUUUGAGGUGUUUGUUUGUCAAAUUUAUUCAAAGUCAUUGAGGGAUAACUUUGUUUUCGGUGGAGCAAAAUAUAUAUCAACUGGUCGUGGUUUCGCAACUGCAAGAAUAUCAUUUGCAACCCUUUAUCUGAAGUAUGCUGAACUUUCAAUCUACACAGGUGCUGAGAUUUUCCUAGUAGUAGCAUUUUCAUGUUUAUCGAUGUGGCAAUUCUCUUUGAUUUGGUUCUGGAUUACAAUAAUCUCAAUGUGCCUUGCUCCAUUUAUCUUUAAUCCACAUCAAUUUCAGUGGAAUGAAUUUUUUCUCGAUUAUCGGGAGUUCAUUCAUUGGCUCUCGAGAGGGAACACUGAUUCCAGCAAAUAUUCAUGGUCUGAAUAUGUGAAGUCUAAAAGAUCCAAAUUCACUGGCUACAAAAAAUACAACUUAGACAAAGGAAGAAUUGGUGGAAUUGGUAGACCACGAAGAAUUAACAUUCUUUGUAGUCAGGUUUUAAUGCCAAUAUUGAGAUCUGUGAUACUAUUAUCUGCAUUUUUGUUCAUGAAUGCCCAAAAUGGGGUACCAAACCCCAAGUCGGUUAAUCCAUUACUCCGAAUAAUAGUGAUUGGCAUUUUGCCUUUCGUCUUCAAUGCAGUCAUUCUUGGAGUAAUGUUUGUCUUGUCAUACUUAGUGAGUCCGUGUACCAUGUUUUGCUGGAGGAAAGGUCCACCAACAAUUGCAGCAUUAGCACACUUCUUGGCUCUAGUCUUUUCUAUUUUGAAUGUGGGAGUUCUCUUUUUAUUGCAAGGGUGGAACUACACUAGAACCAUCUGCGGGCUUCUAUUUGUAUUGGAAUUUCAGAAGGCCAUCUCUAAUUUUAUGUUCACAGCCUUGCUUUCUAGGGAAUUGAGAGACUAUGACUCCAAUAUUGCAUGGUGGUCAGGAAAGUGGUUUGGUCGGGGGUUUGGUUGGAUGAUAUUAUCACAACCUGUUAGGGAAUUCUUUGUCAAAGUGUUGGAACUCAAUUCUUUCACACAAGACUUCAUUUUAGGACACUUUUUGUUAUUCGCCAUGGCACCUUGUCUAUUCGUUCCUUUAGUCGAUGGAUGGCAUAGCUCGAUGCUCUUCUGGCUUAAGCCCUCAGAUACAUUUCGCAGCCCCAUCUACUCCAGAAAACAACGAAGAGUGCGGCGCACCAGAGUCACCAUGUAUGCGUUGUUGUUCCUACUAGUCUUUCUCUUGUUUGUGGCUUUAAUUGGUGCACCUAUAGCAGCUGAGAAGUUUGCACCAGAUAUUACAGCUCACGUACCGAAGUUCUUAGGCGGGUUUGUCCAACCUAAUCACCUGGCCAAUACUCAUACUAAUCAGACCCUGGGUUGA